ACCACAUUUAUAGAGGUUAUCAUUCUGUACCUAUCUCCUCCCUGGCCACAGCAACUGGUCAUCAGGACAGUGGUAGAAGAUGCUGCUUCUCCUUCUGAUCUCAAGUGCUUUUCUCCUGCCCUGGGCUGGGGCUGGAAGGAUCAUUGGUGGGCAAGAAGUUGAGCCCCACUCCAGACCCUACAUGGCUUUUUUAAAAAUAAAAGCUUCAAAUAAGACUAUUCACUGUGGAGGGUUCCUGAUUCGCCGAGAUGCAGUGCUCUCAGCAGCUCACUGUGUGGCGAAAAGAAGGACAGUGAACAUCACUGUGAUUCUGGGAGCCCACAACAUCAGGGUCCAAGAACAGAGCCAGCAGAGGAUCCCUGCUGCACGCUGGGUUAUUCAUCGCCACUAUUCCCCUAUUGGCUCCAAAAAUGACAUUGUGCUACUGAAGCUGAAGACAAAGGCCAAGAUCAAUGAGUUUGUGCAACUUAUCUCCAUACCCAUGAGAAACGAACGUGUGGCAGCAGGAACUAAAUGCAGGGUGGCUGGCUGGGGCCGGACAUCUUGGACAGGACGCGGCAGUGAUGUGAUGAUGGAGGUGCAGCUGAAGGUGCAAAAUGAUGAACCAUGUAAGCAGCUAUUCAGUAACUACAAGCGUCUGUCCAUGAUGUGCGUUGGUGAUCAAAACAGUGAAAAGUCAACUUACCGUGGUGAUUCUGGUGGCCCAUUAGUCUGCAAUCAGAAGGCUUAUGGCAUUGUUUCUCGAGGACGUAGAGGCAGACUGUUCCCUAAGGUAUUCACCAGAAUCUCGUAUUUUGAGCCCUGGAUAGAUGAGCAGCUGAGGAAGUUUGCACUCCAAGAGCUGCCUGGCUCUCCAUCCCCUGACUAAAAUGCUCAGUGCCCCUUCUCCACAAUGCAUCAAACACCUGCUGGUGCUCAGAAGCUCCCAGGGGCAGCUGAACUGGGCUCAGAGAAGCCCCCAUGGUGCAGGCACAGGCUUUUGCAGUAAGGAGAGUGUCCGUGGCAAAGUGAAAAUGCAGGUCCCAAGUACACACAGCUUCCCAUUGUUCCCUUUCUGCCACUGCUGCUGCAGCUCUGCUUUCUGGCCAUCAAUAAAGGCACGUUCAAACUUG